UCCCGACCUGUAACUCACGCUUUUUAUCAACCCACAGAAUAUGCCCAACACGAAAAAGAAGCACAACAAGCAAUCGAGGAGCGGCGAUAAUGGUAGCGCGACGAGACCACAUCAUGCAGCCUCUUCCAGCAGCGCGACCUGUAAUGACAACACCAACAGCGGUUCCAAUGUCAAAAACGCCAAAAGUGCACUAGCAGUACCUACCAAACUCAAGAAUGAAACGGCCAAGGAACACCAUCGACUAUGUCAAGAAUUAGAAGAGUACAUUGAUCAAUUCCGUAGCAAGGCGCAAGCAGUGCCAGGCACACUUGAUGAUCAAGAGCUGAUUGUCUUGUUUGUUCUGCAUUUGCAUCCGCGCUGGAAACGCUUGAUUGAACCUGAAGAGAUCCGCUUCAAAACUUGGGAGGAGGCCGCGAAAGCCGCUCGGUAUCAUGCAAUCAAACUUUCAGCAAUACUGGGCGCAGAGCGUGAGGAUAAUAAUCCCAUGUUUACAACCAAGGAAGCAAAGGAUAUCCUUGCAUCUGGGUAUUUCAAACCUGACCAACAACAGCAACCACCACCAGCGGUUAUUGCCGCCCGCAACAAAAACAGUAGCAAAAGUAUAGACGGCAGUGUGAAUUACAGUAUUGACGACGCUGCUAAACCCACCGUUUCAAAUGACACAGUGUCACCAUCGCCCACUGCUUCAGCACAGGCGAAGCAGCAAGAUCAACAAAAGAAAGAAAAGGAGAAUAUACCCGCUACUACCAGGAGCAACAGCGAUAGUACGGCCAAAGCACAAGCUGACGUCGAGCCCAGUACGUCAAAGGAAAAGCAGCAAGUCACAUCAACGAGAACUACAUCGUCGUCGUUGUCGUCUGCUUCUACAAAAGUAGCAGCAGGACCAGGAAAAGAACAGGAACAGCAGGAAAAGAAGAAGGAUUUAAAAGAAGUAUCGUCGUCGUCGUCACCACCAUCACCCAAAUCAUUCUCCUCCUCAUCACCAUCAACAUUGACGCACACACAACGACGAGGCAAACUUAAAAUUCCAGCUGGGGCGGACCCCAACAGCGUAUGCUACAAACUGCCAUCUGCACACACCAACGUCAAUUUACCAUUUUUGGAUAUACCCAUUAAUGGACAGCGUGUCCGGGCGCUCUUAGCAAAGAAGCGAUGGGGCGCCUCAGCCAUGUCGGUUGCGUUGCAACAAGACAUGAAACUACCCUUGAAUCGAUCCGAAGCGUGCGACAUUGGGACUGAAUUCGGACAGGUCGAGGACGCGAUUGGUUCUGUCAUUUGUCUCGUCUCGCAUCCAGCCAACCCAUCCCUGGAAGCGGAGCUGGCGGUCCAAGUCAUGCCUGCAUUGUACGGCGGAAGGGUCGAUUUGAUCUUGGGUGCAGAUUUCUUCUUUUACUUUACUGCCACGUUCAGUGUUAGGAACAGUACCGUGCGCUACAUGGGGUUGGAUGCGCAUUUUGUUGCUGACAAGUUUACCGAAUAAAAGAAAAUCGUCCUUUUUGACGUGUGAAAACAAAAUGGUGGUGGUGAUGGAUCAGAACUAGGCCAGCGAACGCG